GCAUGAGCCGUCCUGCUCCUCCUCGACUUGAAAAGUGCUGUCAGGGAGGAAAGUUGCGCCACACUAGUGGAAAGUCCUCAGUGGCGUGGACGCGACCACAGACGAUGCAAAGCUUUGCAAAGAUGGCCACUUUAGCAGCUUGUGGACUAUUCCUGGACUCCAAACUAAAGACUUGCGCCCUGCCUGUAGACUUGUAGGGAGCUCCUCGUCUCAGAAGAAUGAAUGACGAAGGAAUGAAGACGCUUUACAUUAUCAUUGAAGUGGUCAUUGCUCUGUUCUCCAUCUCCGGCAACGUUUUGGUUUGCUGGGCUGUGGCCAUUAAUACCACACUAAAGAACGCCACCAACUAUUUUUUGGUGUCUUUGGCCGUGGCGGACAUCCUGGUGGGCUGCCUGGCAAUUCCUUUCGCUAUCACUAUCAGCAUCGGCAUCCGACUGGACUUUUAUGGCUGUCUCUUCAUGGCCUGUUUCGUUCUGGUUCUCACCCAGAGCUCCAUCUUCAGUCUACUCGCCAUCGCUAUUGACAGAUACCUGGCUGUUAAAAUCCCUCUCAGGUACAAACAGUUGAUGACAGGAAAAAAAGCCAGAGAGAUCAUCGCUAUUUUAUGGAUCCUGUCCUUCGUCAUCGGGCUGGUCCCUUUCUUCGGUUGGAACAUCAAACACCGGAGUUGCAGGAAUGUCAACGCCAGCACGGCGGACAACACUACGAACGGUCAACCGAAAGGCGGCCAUUUACGACCCCGGAGUUGCAAGCUCAGAUGUUUCUUUGAGAGCGUGGUGGACAUGGAGUACAUGGUCUACUUUAACUUCUUUGUCUGCGUUCUGCUGCCGCUCCUCAUCAUGCUCGGCAUCUACAUGAAAAUCUUCACGGUGGCCAGGAUGCAGCUGAGGCAGAUUGAGCUCAAAUGCGUCUCCAACGGCGACAACCAUCAUCACAGCCUAUUGCAGCGGGAAAUCCGCGCCGCCAAAUCGCUAUCCAUCAUCGUGGGGCUCUUCGCCAUUUGCUGGCUGCCCGUCCAUAUCCUCAACUGCCUCACGCUCUUCUACAAGGAACUGGUCAAACCCGAAGUAGUCAUGUACGUAGCCAUCAUUCUAUCCCACGCUAACUCGGCCGUCAACCCUGUCAUCUACGCUUACCGCAUCCAGGACUUCAGAAACACCUUCCGUAAGAUUCUGGAACGCCACGUGCUGUGUCGCAAAGAAGAGCUCUACGUCAGCUCCAACGGCAGCAGGCGCACCAGAGACCAGAUCCACAUGACUGUAGAUCCUCUCCUAUAGACUCGCCACUGUUUCCGCUGAAUGAUGUUUACACGAGCAGGGUAACACGCCUCGAGGAGGGGGGGGGGUCGAACUUUUAUAACGUGAAGGCUUUCUUGUCGUUGAGGUAACACUAACUGGAUGUAUCAGACUGGGUUAGGGUCCCAAAACGUUCUAAAAAUGAUAUUGUUCAAAGUAAGCCCUGAUACAACUGCAACAGUCCUGUUUUUUUAUUUUAUGCUGCCAAAAGGUAGUUCAAGUGUUUAUUUAUUACAGUAAUGGAAUCUUUGUGAAUGUGAACAUUAAAGGUUUUGGUGGAUCUGGACUUGUGGACCUCAAAAGGUACAACCGAAGUACUUGGUGGGGUCAUUUCUGAUCACCUCCCCGGCCCCUCCCACUCAGAAAGUGUUGAACGUAAAAUCAUUGAUUGAAUCGUUGUGUCUUCAGUUGCUUCCUUUUGUAGGUCAAAAGGAAAUUAUUUAUGGAAUUUGUAUUUGUUAAAUUGGUAUAUUUGGGCUGGAAAUGACAAAAUGAAUUGAAGGAGAUUUUAC